AUGGCUGAUAAUCAAAAGGAGGCUGAACAUAUAGACGUCCAUGAAGAGGGUGCCGAUGAUGAGGAGGAGAUUUCUGCCAUGAAGCGCAGAGUUGCUGAGAUGGAGGCUGAAGCAGCAAAACUUCGAGAGAUGCAAGCCACUCUUGAUAAAGAGACCAACGAAUUACGCGAAGACAAAGAAGAUAUUGAUGCGCGCAGUAUCUUUGUUGGCAAUGUUGAUUACGGAGCGAGCCCGGAGGAGAUCCAAGCCCACUUUCAAAGUUGUGGCUCCAUCAAUAGGGUCACUAUCUUGCUAGAUAAAUUCACUGGUCAUCCAAAAGGUUAUGCCUACGUCGAAUUCACUGAGCCUAGUCUGGUUGCCCAGGCCUUGGUCCUUAAUGAGAGCGUAUUCCGUGGCCGUUCGCUGAAGGUUGUCCCUAAGCGCACCAACCUUCCUGGCAUGAACCGUGGCAGGGGACGUGGUAGAGGCCCGGGAAGGGGGGGAUUCUCACCCACUUACCGUGGCGGGUACGCCCCUCGUGGGAGCUACAGAGGCGGUUAUAGAGGCAGAGGGAGGGGAUAUGCCCCUUACUAGAUGUCGGAAUAUGCUUGCUUCUGCUUUCAGUUUGGCCAUUAUCUUCGGGGGUUUUGUUUGUUUCCUUAUUUUGCUAAGAUACGGGCGAUGGUUAGGACAGUAAACGCAAAGGAAGGUUGCACGGAGGCAAAAGUAGGUAGAAGCAGAUUUAGUAAGGGUUGUCGAAUGGUUAGUGAGUGGUGGUUGGAUCGAAACUGUGACGGUUCUGGGUCAUGUCUUUCCUUCUUUAUUUUUUACUUUCGCUUUUUUUCUUAACACUUUUUUAUCCCUACCGUCGACUCUUUGGUCAUUUCAUAUUACUGAACUUUGUAUAAUAAGAGCUUUGUCUUGUG